CUCGGCCUGCCCCGCUUCCCGCCGCCCCCGCUGCUCCCCGUCCGCGGGUGAGUCCGCAGCGCCGCGGCGACAUCAUGUUGGGCGUGAUCAAGAACUCGCUGUUUGGGAGCACGGAGACAUGGCCUUGGCAGGUCCUGAGCAAAGGGGACAAGGAAGAAGUCUCCUAUGAGGAAAGGGCCUGUGAAGGCGGGAAGUUUGCCACAGUAGAAGUGAAGGAUAAGCCUGUGGAUGAGGCUCUGCGGGAAGCAAUGCCCAAAGUUGUGAAGUACGUGGGAGGCACCAAUGACAAGGGAAUUGGGAUGGGAAUGACAGUCCCUAUUUCCUUUGCCGUGUUCCCCAAUGAAGAUGGCUCCCUACAGAAGAAACUAAAAGUCUGGUUCCGGAUUCCGAAUCAGUUUCAGAGCGACCCUCCAGUUCCCAGCGAUGACAGCAUCAAGAUCGAGGAGAGGGAAGGCAUCACCAUCUACUCAAAGCAGUUUGGUGGUUAUGCCAAGGAAGCUGACUACGUAAGUCAUGCCGCCCAGCUGCGCACCGCCCUGGAGGGUACAGCCGCCUGCCGGAAUGACAUCUACUUCUGCACUGGGUACGACCCUCCCAUGAAGCCCUACGGGCGUCGCAAUGAGGUCUGGCUGUGGAAGACAUGAGUGACUCACGGAGCUGAGCCCUCCCAGGAGUGUGUCUCUGUGUCCUUGACUCAAGUUCUAACUGCAAUUCCAGCUACCUAGCUUGCCUUCCAAGCCAAUCACUGCCAAUUUUUUGAAAUAAGUAUGUUACAGAUAUUGAGGGCCUUUUUCUCAGGAUAGGAAAUCAUACCCAAGAUAGGCGGCAUCAUUCGGAUUUAUUUAGGAAAUUCUCUAUUAUACCAGAAAAACCCCAGCAGCAUUGUCCCAGGUAUCUGGGUUACUAAAAACUGCUUUUUUUGUUUGUUUUAAUCAUUAUUGAAUUUGUAAUUUUUUAUUGAGGGAAAAGUGUGAUUUGUAUGUGAGCUUUCAUCUGUGAUUCUUAUGAGUGCAUUGUCUAAAAAGAAACUGAAAAUAAAGAUCUUUGACUUCAAAA